AUGGAGGCGACCCAGGAGUCCACUCAGCCAUGCACGGACCCUCGCCGCAUGGGCUACAACAAUUCGGCCCUCCACGAGGAUGAUCUGACGGACAUUGUUUGUAUCUUACACCCAAAUUCACCUGCAGCCCAUGAUGCUGUAGCCGCAACUGCGCGCCACGCCCCGCAGCACAUCCUACAAAGGGAUGCGCUAGAAUAUGAAUGUUCAGAUACAGCAGCUUUGGACUUCGCUCUUAGACUGUCAUCGGAUGUGUAUGACGCAAACACGGGCUUUUGCUUCGGACGGAACAGGGCUCGCUGCGAUCUUCUCAUUGCCGAUGCUAACUCGAAACGUAUUUCGAACACGCACUUCCGCAUCUAUCUUACGCAAGAUGGGAUCAUAAUGCUGGAGGACACCUCCACCAAUGGAACGAUCGUAGACAACUGCCGUCUUCGCAAGAUUCAACGUGAGAAGAGCCGCAUGCUAGUCAAUGGUUCCGUCAUUCAGGUGCCAAAUGGUGAGGGGCAGUCUUCGGAGGAAGUCAGAUUCAUUGUGCGCCUGCCGUCCCGGGAAGGUUUUGUCAUGCAGUACACCGAAAAUAUGCUUCGCUACUUCGAAAAGAUCGAGACGCAAAGAGCAGGUGCAGCGCAACCCAGAGCUCGUACUACUCCCGCGCCCGCUCUGCAGAUCGCUUCACCUAAUACGUACGGCAUGCACUGGUCUGGAGGAUCGAUUUACAACGUGACGGGGCAAAUAGGCAAGGGAGCCUUUGCAACGGUCUACAAACUCGCCACGAAGCAGCAUGGUUCUGUAUAUGCAGCCAAAGAACUCGACAAGCGCCGCUGGAUGAAAAAUGGCAUACUCGACAAGAAAGUUGACAAUGAAAUGCAGAUCAUGAAAGAUCUGAAACACCCCAAUAUUGUUCAAUACGUCGACCAUCACGAGCAUGACAGAUGGAUAUACAUCAUCAUGGAGUAUGUUCCCGGUGGAGAGCUGUCCACUUACUUGCAGUCGCAUGGCAGGAUCGCAGAGGCCCAGGUUAGGACCAUGGCGCGACAGAUUUUGCAUGCACUCCACUAUCUACAUAAACGGAAGAUCACGCAUCGAGAUAUCAAGCCAGACAAUAUCUUGAUUUCGUCUCUUGAUCCCCUCCGAGUGAAAUUGUCAGACUUUGGUCUUUCAAAAGUAGUUCAGGAAGAGACCUUUUUGAGGACCUUUUGUGGCACAUUGCUGUACUGCGCCCCGGAAGUCUACCCCGAGUAUGACACUUACCGACGUGGUGAGGUUCGGAAACGGCGCAGGCUGGGUGAUCCGCCUCCAAAAACAUCCCCUUACGAUCAAUCUGUUGACAUGUGGUCGCUUGGAGCCGUUCUCUUCCAUCUUCUUUCGGGUGUCCCUCCUUUCGCUCCUCGAGGAGAUGAUCGUGGUGCUCAGAUGCUGCGAAUCAUCAUGACUGAGGAUGCGGAUUAUAGUGAACUCCGCAAGGCAGGCGUCUCAGAGGAUGGAAUAGAUUUUGUCGCUCGACUUUUAAACCGUGACCCCCAGUCUCGCCCGAACGAACGAGAAUGUUUUAGGCACCCGUGGAUUGCAGGAGUUGCGGACAUUGACGAUUAUGAUGAUGAGGACUUGUUUCUGGGCGUCCCGGAUGAGCUUUCUGACAUAGGCGAGGAUCUCGAGGACGAAAUAGACGCAUCUCAGCUGUCUUUGAAUGAUAAGCCGGCAGCAGAAGUCGCGGCUGAGGAGGACGACGAAUUGGCCCAGGCCAAGAAAAUCAAGCUUGAAUAUCCGCCGGAGGAAAUUCGCUAUCCAUCGCUGCCCAGUUUCGACAGUUUCUCGGCUCUUCAACCAGUUUCCCAGUCAACUCCAAAACGACUUUUCGGUGAGAUUACGCCAUCGAUACUUCGCAGUUCUCACGCGUUGGGCGACAAGGUUGAUGCAUUUGAGGGCGACGACUUUGGCCUCCAUGACUUCGUUUCUUCCACUGGUGAGUCGAUAAUCAGCGACGGCAACAGCCUGAACUCCAUCCUCUCCCUGCCGGAAAACCCCGUCGCGGGGUCUGCACCUAGCUUAAUGGGAGCUGAGAACCUUGUUGGGCAGCUGAACAUGAACUCGUCGCACCCUGGCUUGAACAACAUUCCCCGUCACGUCGAGGUGCCGGGGCCGCAAAUUAGCGUGGCCGCAGAAGUCCCGAAGGACAAGGCCCCAGAGGCGCCCCCGCAGACCACUAUCGAUGAUGAAACCCCGAAGGCCUCAAAAUUCAACCGGCGGAUUGAACUCCCCAUACCCGAUACUGCCAGUGAGCGUUCUAGUCCCGAAACGACAACGGGAAAGACCAACGAUGGGCAUGCUGAGCCCGACGCUGCUCCUGAAGAGGUGUUCGACAUUGAGUUGGCGAAUACUAUCGAUGCCAAAACCGGACAGCGACUUCCUGACUUGCCGAAAAGGGAAGACAGUGAGCCUUCCCUACAGCCUGCGGCCGAUCAGACUCCAGGCCCAAUUCUCAAUACCGUGACGCAUCUUAGCACAUCACGCCCCCUCCUUGGAAAGCUGACCACGCUCCCCGGGUCCAUCUUUGAGCUCACUAUUCCGCUGGAAGCUCGGAUGACAUCCUGGGGCCGCGGCCCCCAAGCAACCAUAUGCUAUCCCGAGCCAAUGGAUACACGGGUACCUGCGUAUGCAUUGGAAGUUACCUUUUGGGCACCAGCCAUCGAAACCAAGAUUGCCGCUGGACACGAUUGGAUGACAGUCCCCGGCGUGAUGGCUAUUCUCUCGACCAAAACCCGAAAGUGUAUCUGGGUCAAUGGGACUGAGCUGCGGCGUGGGCCCGAGAACGACAAUGGCGGAGAAGGCUUCCAUUUCGGCAAACUGUAUACCGGCGAUGUCAUUACCGUCUAUCAGCAUCGGAACAAGUUUUUGAAGUUCGCGUGCGAAUUUUACUAUGGAGAAAGUGCUCGCUCACGUCCCGAUGAGGAGAAAGGCUUCACCGUGCGCAAAGUCUUGAUGCCCAAGGAGAAGGCUGCCAACCGACAACCUGCGCGGAAAAUACCGCAUGGGAAGAAGUAG